UGGUACAGUCGCGCAAAUCGUCGAGUAACGAGCAACAAUUCGAGCAACAUGGGUUUUUAUAUGUUCGGUCAAGUUAUCGCAAAAUUUACUGCUGAGAGUCACGAGACAAAAUCGAAGAAAAGAAUGUAAACAAAGAAGAGAUAUGGAGGAAUCAUGUCAGGACUGAAGUAUUGUUGUUGUCGUUGUUGUCGAGCAUUGUGGUACAAAAGUUUAGUUUAUAGUUUAAAGUUUGCGGCCGUUCGCGCGCUUCGCUUAUAAAACGCUUCGAUAAAGAAAGAAAGAAAGUAAUCAAGUCCAUUGACGGAUUUCAGGAGGUAUCACCAUGAGCGAUUUAGAACUAUCAGAAAUCCAGGCUGCAAGAAACCGCCGACGCAGAAGACGGUACCGGAUAAACCUGUCUCGCCAUGUCUACAACGAGCAAGAGUUCACGGAGUCGUUUAUCAAGCGAGAUGAAUACGUGUCCAGUUCUGAGUUUGAACCUUCGUCGCUCGCUAAGACAUUCAAGCGGCAUUUCUUCCCAACUAGAUGCACAUGUAAAGAUGUAUUGCAAUCUUGGUUCCCCAUUGUGGAAUGGCUACCUGCUUACGAUGUCCGGCGUGACUUGGCACACGAUGUUGCCGGAGGGUUAACAGUGGCCAUCAUGCAUAUUCCUCAAGGUCUGGCAUAUGCAAUGCUGGCAUCAUUGCCUGCUGUUACAGGACUGUAUACUGCUUUUGUGCCAAUCCUUGUUUACAUGGCAAUGGGAACAUCCAGGCACUUAUCACUAGGAACCUUUGCAGUAGUUUGCCUCAUGGUUGGCCAUGUUGUAGAGAGAGAAGUAGAAAGAACUAUCUCCCCAACUUCUUCUGCACUGAGUCCCACUGAUCAACCACCUGGAAGUUCGGCGGGUGAGACCCUGCGGAUGUCAAUAUAUAAACAGGAGUCAAAUGGCAGUUUUCCAAGCAAGCAGGAGUUGUUGGAUGAAAAGAAAUUGGAAGUGGCCGUGGCACUUUCAAUGCUUGUUGGUCUUUUUCAGUUUCUGAUGGGCCUUCUGAAGCUUGGUUUUGUGGCUGUGUACUUAUCAGAUCCAAUCAUCAGCGGUUUUACAACUGGUGCUGCAAUUUUAGUCUUCACCAGCCAAGUCAAACACAUCCUUGGUUUGAAUGUUCCGCGAUAUGCAGGAGCUUUUGCUGUAGUCAAGACUUACUUAUAUAUUUUUAAGAAUAUAACUGUAUCUGUCCCUGGAGCAAUCAUCACUGGAGCUGUCUGUAUCCUUCUUCUGAUUGCACUCAAAUUUGUUAGUGAGAAGCUGAAGCACAGAAUGAAAUUUCCUUUACCCGCAGAGUUAAUAGUUGUUGUUCUAGGAACAGUGGUGUCAUAUUUUGUUGGCUUAAAUGAAAAAUUCCAAGUGGCAGUUCUAGGUGACAUUCCUAAAGGGUUGCGUGUACCAUCUGCUCCAUCUUUUUUGCUGAUGGGAAGCAUGGUUCCAGAUGCGCUGGUGAUUGCUGUUGUCAUAUUUGCAACUAAUGUCUCUUUGGCCAAAACAUUUGCAACAAGGAACAAUUAUGUCAUUGAUUCAAAUCAGGAGCUUAUUGCCUGUGGAUCAGCAAACAUCUUUGGGUCAUUCUUUUCUUGUUUUCCUGUGAGUGGCUCACUCUCUAGAUCUGUAAUUCAGGAAAGUAUUGCAAGAACACAGCUCUGUAGCAUACCUGUUGUUUUAAUUAUUAUCCUGGUGCUGUUGUUUAUUGCUCCACUUUUCUUCCAUCUGCCCAAGGCAAUACUAGCUGCCGUGGUUGUAGUUGCCCUUAAAGGUUUGCUCCUUCAGUUUAGCAGACUGGUACAACUCUGGAGGAUUUGUAAACCUGAUGCUGUUGUUUGGUUUGCGACUUGGUUGGGAGUGGUAUUGCUUGGUAUUGACAUCGGUCUUGGAGUUGGUGUGGUGAUGGCCCUCGUGGUUGUGAUUUGGAAGUCAUCAAGACCACCAGCAGAACUUCUUGGUCAAAUUCCCAAUACAGGGAUUUAUAGAGACCUUCAAAGGAUACCCUCAGCAAAACCAAUUCCUGGAGUGAAGAUUUUUCGAUUUCAGUCUGCCAUGUUUUAUGCCAACGCAGAAUACUUCCGCCGCACUUUGAUAGAAAUGACCGGGGUUGAUCCACAAAAUCCAAACAAGCACAGCAGUAGUAUUGGUGAUUCAGUUUAUUACCACAGCAGUGGUAACAUGGAGGAUACUGGGAGCACUACAAUAAAAUUUCCAAGAAGUGCCUAUGUCCAGGUCAACAGAUCUAUGGAGAAUGGGGAUGUAGAGGUUUCCUUAAGUGAUCUUGGAAACUCUGAUGGUGCAUCUGGGGAGCAGGAUUCUGUGCCUGUUCAUGCCAUCAUUGUUGAUGCCAGUACAUUUAACUUUAUUGAUACUCAAGGUGUGAACACCUUAUUGCAGCUUGGUUUAGAAUAUGAAAAAAUUGGAGUAAAAUUCUACUUGGCACACUGCCGAUACUACAUACGAGAAAUGCUGGAGAAAGCCGGCUUUACAGCAAGAAUAGGAACUGAGCAUCUAUUUGUGUCUGUACAUGAUGCAGUGACACAUGCUGUUGGAAUUCACUCUGAUAAUGCAUCUCAUUCUUCUCCUAUGAUGAGUGAUACUGAAUCAGCAGCUAACAUGACAUUAGAGGCUGGAACCUCUAACGCACAGAUGGAGGACUAGAACCCACAUAAAGAAUAUUUGAGACGAGAUACAGAAUAAAUGUUCUGCAUCUAAAUAUGAACACCUGUGUAUAAGACAAUGUCCAGCUUUGUAUUUGUGAUGGAAUUGCAAUAUAGCACAAUAAUUCAAAAGCUCUACUGGUUAUUAGUAUUAGUAUUGGUUAUUAGUAUUAGUUAGUAUUAUUAUAUGGCUGUGUCUCACAAGGACUGGG